AUGGCUUCAAUAAUGUUUUCUGAAGCUUUCACAGCCAUCUUUUGUUUUAUCAUACUUUGUGUCUUACUCUUCAAAAAACCUCAUGAUAUCUUGCUUAGAAACUGGCCAGUUCUAGGGAUGCUUCCGGGUCUGCUCGUUGAGUUCCAUCGUAUCUAUGAUUUUAGCGUGGAGAUUCUCAGGAGUUCAAACUUGACGUUUACAUUCAAGGGCCCAUGGUAUUCUGGAAUGGAUAUGUUGUUCACGGUUGAUCAAGCAAAUAUUCAUCAUAUCGUGAGCUCAAACUUCUCCAACUAUACCAAAGGUCCCGACUUCAAAGAAGUAUUUGAUGUUCUUGGAGACGGGAUACUCACCACGGACUCGGAGCUAUGGAAGAAUCUGAGGAAAGCUUCUAAAGUCAUGUUCAGUCACCAAGAGUUUCGAAGAUUGUUAAUGAGUACCACGAGAAGAAAAAUCAAGGAGGGGUUCAUUCCUCUUUUUAAUCAUUUAGCAGAGGAAGGAGCGGUCGUGGACUUGCAGGAUGUGUUCGUGAGGUUCACAUUUGACACAACCUUAGUGACGGUAACUGGGUCUACCGAUCCUAGAUCUCUCUGCGUUGAAAUGCCAGAGGCUGAUGAAUUCGCUAAAGCUCUUAACGAUGUUGGAGAAGGGAUUAUGUAUAGACAUGUUAAACCAAGGUUCCUGUGGAAGUUGCAAAGAUGGGUUGGGUUCGGACAAGAGAAGAAGCUGUCCAAAGCUGACGCCACCUUAACAAGAAUGUGUGAACAGUUUAUAUCAGCUAAGAGAGAAGAGAUUACGCAAAAUUCAAAUCAUGAAGCUGCGGAUCUUUUGACAUCACACAUGAAGUUAGAUGCAACCAAGUACAAUCUCUUGAACCCGAAUGAUGAUAAGUUUCUCAGAGACACCAUGUUGUCUUUCAUUCUAGCCGGGAGAGAUGCCACUGCUUCUGCUCUCACUUGGUUCUUUUGGCUUUUGUCAGAAAACCCUCAAGUUGUCACUAAGAUUCGCCAAGAGAUCAACACAAACCUACAAAGAACAAAUGGCCAAGAGAGACCGCAUUAUGAUGAUAUCAUUGAGUGCUUGAACAAACUGGACUAUUUACGUAGCGCCUUGUAUGAAGCAAUGAGACUUUACCCACCUGUUCCAUUUGAGCGCAUGACUCCCGUAAGACCAGAUUUGCUACCAAGUGGGCAUAAAGUUGAUGCAAGUAUGAAGGUUUUAAUCUUUCUUUACGCGUUAGGGAGGAUGGAAGCAGUAUGGGGACAAGAUGCAUUGGAAUUCAAGCCUGAGAGAUGGGUUUCAAAGACAGGAGCGUUUAUAGAAGAGCCUUCGUACAAGUUCUUUGCGUUUUUCGGGGGACCAAGAUCUUGCCUGGGUAAGCAUUUAGCUAUGAAUCUAAUGAAGACAGUGGUCGUGGAAAUAUUGCAAAACUUUGAUAUUCAAGCUGUCAAAGGCCAAAAGAUCGAACCAGCUACUGGUCCUAUUCUUCGUAUGAAACACGGUCUUCGAGUCACACUUACUAAAACAUGUUCAUCUUAG